UAUCUUUAAAUAUAAAAAUUCGAUUAAGUUCACGAGUUACUUGAAUCAAAUAUAAGAAUACUUGAAUUCGGUUCGAUCGAUAAAUCGAGCUAUUCGAACUCGAGUUCGACUCGACAAUAAUAAAACCGAAUUCAAUUUUUUGUCGAAUCGAACUCGAAUAACUUUUAAAUAUUAAUAUAUCAUUUACAACCCUAAGCAUAACCUCUCAAACGAAAUUAACUGCCACAUAGGAAAAAGACCGGUUCAGUAGCUUCACUGAACCGGAUUCCCCUGCAAGUCUCCAACUCAAUUUAAAAAGACCCCCCAAAGGCCAAAGCCAUUUCGAAAUUCACCUUAAAAAAAAAAAAAGCGUAACCACCAAAUUCUGUGUUUGAAACAAUAAUCACCAUGGCCACUUCCCUCAAAAACAACUUCCUACCUCCUUUAAUCUCCAACCUCCAGCAAGUUCUUAUCUCCCGAAACGACACCGUUGAACACCAAUCCACCAACUCCUUCGACGCAACCUCCCUCAAAUCCUCCUCAUCGCCUUCCCCUUUACGCAAUGUCGAGCCAAGCCAAGCCAACGCGGAGCCAGAUUGCUCUAAACCAUUGCUUCUGAUCACCAAUGCCGAAGGAAUCGAUUCACCUGGCCUCACUUUUCUUGUUCAAGCUCUGCUCUCCGACGGUCGCUUCAGUCUCCACGUCUGCGCUCCGCAAUCGGAUAAAUCGUUCGCCGGCCAUUCCAUGACCGUGCGAGAGACGGUUGCGGUAUGUCCAGUGGAAAUGAGCGGUGCCACUGCUUUUGAAGUUUCAGGAACUCCUGUGGAUUGUGUCUCAUUAGCUCUGUCUGGAGCAUUGUUUUCAUGGUCAAAGCCUGUUUUGGUGAUUAGUGGAAUUAACCGAGGAUCAAGCUGUGGUCGCAACAUGUUUUACUUGGGAGCUGUUGCUGCUGCCACAGAGGCAUUAAUUUGUGGUGUGCCAUCUCUUUGCCUGUCAUUUAACUGGAAGAAAGAUGUAAGCUGUGAAACUGAUUUGAAGGAUGCAGCCAAUAUUUGUUUGCCUUUAAUAUCCGCAGCUGUAAGAGAUAUUGAGAGUGGAGCUUUCCCGGAAAGUUGCUUACUGAAUAUAGAAAUCCCUUCUUGUCCCCUAUCAAAUAAGGGAUUCAAAUUGACCCGGCAGAGCCUAUGGAGGUCACCUUUAAGCUGGAAAGCUGUAUCAGCAAAUAGGCAUCCCACUGCUGGCAAAUACCUGUCCAAUCAGCAAAGCCUUGGUAUAAUGCUAGCACAACUUGGCCGAGAUGCCUCUGCAGCCGGUGCAGCAAGGCGCUUGAACUCAAAUAGGAAGAAUGUUGAGAUUGAAUCCGUUGGUGUAGCUGGAAAACUAAAUGGCCAACAAACAGUGAAAAAAUACUUUCGCUUAGAGUUGUUGGAAAAGGAGACAGAAGAGGCGGAUGAUGAUCUAGAUUUUAGAGCAGUAGAAGAAGGAUAUGUUUCUGUAACUCCUUUAUCUUUAUCUUCAACCGAUCAAUCCAAGAUUGAAACCUUGGUUUCAAACUGGAUUACAGUUGCACUUGGCAGGAAGCAAUGAACCCAAGUUUCCUCCGGCAGUUAUGGUGAUAGCUACAAAAGAAAAAUGAGUGAUGUUUGAGUUUGUCUAAUUUAUAUCUUGGCAUGUUGCUGUACGGUAAAAGUUUCCUGGCAACUGGCAACUUGCUUGUUUGGACUGGAUAACAAGCAUUGUAUUGUUGAUCAUUGAGUUUUCAUUUUGGACUGAAAUGUGAAACAAGACAAAAAUUACAAAGAGACAAAGUUUGGUCUCGGAAAAAUCAUCAUCAAUUUAAGACCAGUCCACUGGCUUUCGGGAAAAGGGUAAGGUGAAAGAAAAAGUCCAUUGUCCCGGCCCAGUCGGUCUGCCUAUCCAUUUGUGAUGCAGUGGGUAAUGGGCACAA